GUUUUAAUGGUAACGUUUCCGGCAAUUGUCGUGUAAAUUAAUGGAAAAUGUCAAAAUACCAUUAAAAUAUGGACACGUACCAAAAUAGCUGUCGCAUCAAGUUCGGGAAGGGCGACAAGCAGGUGACGCACAAUGGCAAGAGGGGAGAAGUGUUCACCGUGGACAAGUACCCGUGUCUCAAGUGGGUGUGUGUGGGCCAUGGGAGGCUCCGCAUUAUCAAGAGACUGAGUGGUUGUAUGGACCGCGUGACUAAGAAGUGCAUCAAGUACCAGUGGAUGAACGGGGUGAAGUGCGACAAGCGGAUCUGCCGAAUCAGCUUCCGGUGGUCCAAGAUUUCCAACAACUGGAAGCUGCAGUACGGCAUGGUUACGUCAUGGAAGAAGCGGUUGGUGACCUGCGAGCACGAGGGGAAAUGCUACAAACCCGACGAAGAGAUUCGCAAUAAGAAGGAUUGUACGUUCUCCAAAUGCGUCAUUCUUCCUCCACGAUGGCCUAGGUUCAGCAGGACGGUAAACUGGAUCCCAUCUCGUGCAGGAUGCACCGUGAACGAUGUUUGUUACGAUAACGGAGAGAAGUUUAAAAGAGGUUGCAACGAGUACCAGUGUAACGGGACGGUGACCAUGAUCGAGACGCAGUCACCAACAGGACGCCAUUACCAGUUCAAAUCCACCGUCAAGGUGGAACCCCUUUCAUCAGGUUGUUCGAAACCAGGUGGCGGAUGUGUUGGUGUUGGAGAAUCGUACACUCACAGCAAGUGUCUGGAACUAAAGUGUAACAAGAAAGGGAACUCGUACAUGUUGGGACUCGAUAAAGAAGGGUGUCCCCUCAAUGACGGCACGUGUUUGGAUGUAGGGAAGACAAGAGAGAGUCGGUGUUACAAACGCACGUGCAAGAAGACUACUGUGGGAAGAUCAAUUCAAUUUUCUGUUGCACUGGAAAAAACUUCGGGCUGUUCUAACUACUGGGACAAGACAGACAUGAAGUGCUAUGGCGAGGGCGACCAGUUUAACCCUCCGGACGAAUGGGCAAAGAAAGUGGGAUGCACCAACGGAGCUGUAGCUACGUGCAAAAUGGAAAAUAACAAGUUGAAGCUGUCUGCAGGUGAUCUGCCAUUCACAAUACGGAUACCAGUAGCUUUACACAAGCGUAACAAGUUACGACCUAAGUUAUUUACAGUUUUUCUUGAGACACCUCUUGGCGUUGAAACACUCGUCAGAGACAUAGUCAAACAGUUCACCGAUGUUACGCAACACUUGAUCAUCAAGCUGAUCCAGUGGGAUAUAAUCCGGUUCCGCUCCACAACAUUCCAGAGACCUCACCGGCGCAGUCCUCGGCACUGGGGUAUCGCCUGCACCACCCAGCGACCGAGCCGCGGCCGUGAGGUCCCCAGAUCACACGCCCAACCCCUGAGCACAGAAACUGCGAUAGCGGGGCCGCUGACGGGCGUGGUCUCCGAGAACCGGGAACGGGUCCUAAGAUACGAACAUCUCAGGAAGUAA